GGCUUUCAGUCUCAGCUAGAGACAUACUUUUCUUCUGGUCUUCUUGAUGACGUUGGUCCCCCUACGCGAAGAGGCAACACCUCACGAGCGCAAUUCUUGUGGCCGCGUACCCUAGACAUAACGGUUGCGGGUCGGCUUCAAAUCGUCGCGAAUGCAUCGUGUAAGGCGGGAUUUGCGACCAUCGGCGCUUUUCCCUUUGUUCCAUUCACCGAAUUCAUCCGAAGGCGAAUACGCAGGGCAUGUUUCGCAUGCGCAUUGCAUUUCUGCUUUCAUUCGCGAUAGCUCUCAAGUGGCCGGGUUUUUCUAUACAAACACUCGGAUGCUGUCUCGUAUCACAACAGGCAGAUCGACGAGCCUCAUUUCCACUUCCCCGGUAUGCGCUUGCCUCCACACUUCGCCUCCAACGUGUUCUAUCAGCACCUCUCCCCAACUGUACCAAAAAUGCGCUUAUAAAUUGGGCAUUCUUUGCAUUGAGUCCAUACGUUUGGCCGAGUGCCUGACUUUUGUGCGAAAGAAAAAUGAGCAGAUAUCGUGGGACUUGCUGUUCUCGCGGUGGAUGAAUGGCAUUCAGGACCAGAUAGCAAAGAUAGCACCAGCUUUACUUGCGAUAACAUCUACCUGUGCUGUGAAUAAAGAGGCUCGUAAACAGCUUGAGGAGGCUUCAAAUCAUACCGCUCCCAAUGCGCUGCUCUCAAGCAAUAACUCGACGCCGACUAAUAUGACCCGACCACAGCACCAUUCUCUGAUAAUAUCUUAUCCGGUGUUUCUAUUGGCAAGCGCAACGAUUCAUGGCUGCAGUUCUUUACAUUGUUCAGAAAAUCAGAUGAAACGGGCCUUGCCACAUCUAUAAGUGUCGUGCUUCUUUACCAUGUGGUCCAAAUCACAUGUACAUUGCACAAUCCACUCUUGUGUCUCCGUCUUCCAUCUGGAUGUUUCUUCACUGGCUCAACAUCACAGUCAGUACUGUGUCAGAUCUGCUAUGGUAUCUGGUAUUGUCAGUAACUUUCCAAUUCUCCUGACGAUUCCUAUUGCAUCUCUGGUUUUGACAGGUCGCCGCCUCCUCCAACGUAAGAGAUCGUUGUGCAGAAGACGAUCAACUGAUCAACGUUCAAACCUUUCAGGUUUGUAGAUGGUCUUCCAGAGCAAAAGCCUGAAUCUCCUCCGUCCCUAUUACC